AUGCCAAGUAAUAUUAUGAUGGAUCCGAUCGAGCCUCUAAUAAAUAAUGAUGUUUUUAAUGUCAACGAAAUAGCUGAAAUAGAAGAUUUUUUAAAUGGCUGCGACGGAGAUUUUAUGAAAAAGCUAGAAGAAGAACUAGUAUUUGCAGAUAAUGACACUGGUCUGUUGAACGUGGACACUAAAUUUAAUACGAAUGUUUCAUCAUCCCAAGAUUCUCUUUGUUACACUACUCCAGGGAACCCAUUGGUUUCUCAACAUCCGCAAAAGAGAAAAUUGCCUCCUUUUACUCAACAAUCGAAAACUAGCCCUGUUUUAGGGGUGUAUGGCAGGGAAGAAAGUUAUAAUUUGGAAGUUAAAGCAGAAAGCCAUCAGUUGCCUGAGGUGCUACUUCAAAAUGCUCAAAACCAGACAGUUCAAACUCCCAUGUUUGUGCAACAAGUUAUCCCAAAACCUCAAUAUGUUGCUUUAGGAAGCUUACAAAAAUUACCAGAUGGGGUUACAUCUCUUGUUCAAUUAGAUUCUCCAAUAAAUCAAAAUACAAAAGCCCAACCGUCAGCCAAACCAUUGCUGCUCCCAAACAAUGCAAAAGGGGUUACACCAGUUAUAUUGAAAAGUAGUGACUCAAAUUUUUCACCUGUAAUAUUACAGUCAAAUAUUCUCAAUCCUGAAACUCAGACUUUGAUGUACACAAGUGCUCCUGUACAAGGAACAACUCAAGGUAUUAUUACCAAUUCUGGUACUGAAAAACAGCCUGUACACACUUUCUUUGCUAGUAAUAAUGGCCCUACAUUGGUCACUGGCAUACCAUUAGUCCUAGAUGGCGACAAAAUUUCCUUCAACCAAUCCUCUAAUGGGGGUCUACCUAAAGUUAAAGAAGUAAAGAGAAGUGCCCACAAUGCUAUCGAAAGAAGAUAUAGAACUAGCAUAAACGAUAGAAUAGUGGAGCUUAAGAAUAUGUUAGUAGGUGAAGAAGCAAAGUUAAAUAAGUCAGCAAUACUAAGAAAAACAAUAGAUUACAUAAAGUACCUGCAAAAUCAGAAUACUAGACUUAAACAAGAGAAUACAGCUCUGAAAUUGGUGUGUCAGAAGUCCGGAGUGAAGGAUGUUGUAUUUGAUGGAGCGUAUACCCCACCACACAGUGACAUAUCAUCUCCCUACCACUCUCCCCAUGGUAUGGAUAGUGCUCCUUCAUCACCAGAGAGUAAGGCUGAAGAAAAAUACUCGAAAAUUGUUAUUGGAAUGGGAGAUCAUUCUCGUCUAGCGUUAUGUGCCUUCAUGAUAGGGCUGAUUGCUUUCAAUCCAUUCAGCGCUUUCUUUGGCAGUUUCAUGUCUGAAUCUUCUUAUGAUUACAAUGCUCGACUUGAUCAACGAAGAAUACUUUCCGAAGAUAGUUUUGGUACUGGAAGUGUAUCGUGGGGAGCUUGGCUAUUCAAUAUGUUUUUGAUAUAUUUGGUAAAUACAAUAAUUUUAGGAGGUUGUCUUAUAAAACUUCUAGUAUAUGGCGACUCUGUACCAAAAUCUCAAUCUAAGGAAGCAGGCCUAUUUUACAAACACAAGCAACAAGCUAAUAAUCAUUUAAAAAAGAAUGAUUUGGAGAAUGCUCGGAGUGAGUUGAAUCGUGCUCUGUCAGUAUGUGGUCGUAGUGUCCAGGGGGGCGGGUGGGGGCGGUACUCGGCGCUCACUGCGGCUGUAAUGAGGCAGAUACUGCAACGACUUCCCUUGGGAGGCUUCCUGGCUAGACGAGCUGGAGAUCUGUGGGGUGACAGUCCAGCGAGACGCGCCACUCAGCACUGGGCCAAAGAAGUAUCUACGGUGUCUCACAAAUUGGCCCAAUUGGAAAUAUUAUCAAAUCAGACGAGUCGCAGUAAAUGUGUCCUACUCGCAUUACAAGCUGUCAACCUUGCUGAAGUCACUAGCGAUAAGCAGUUGCUCGCUGAGACUUAUGUUACUGCGGCUUUAGUAUUUAAGGACUAUAUGCCAAAUUUUGGAAAAUGGCUCUGUGGAUACUACCUGCGUUUAUGUACAUAUUGGUGUUGGGAGACGAUCCCUGAGGGUAAUCCGCGUGUACGGUGGGCGACCAGCUCACGAGGACAGAACUUCCUCAAAACUCGUCGCUGGGUGUACGAACAGAAACCUGCUUACCAACUAUUUUCAAGACUACCCACACUCACCGAUCCACUGGCUUAUGCUAUGAGGGCCUACCACCUGGAACUGCUUCAAACGAGCCUGCAAAUGCUGCUCUGUGCUGACGAACGCAGCAACACACGAGAUGUUCUUGACUUGGUGAAGCUGAUUAUUGAUGAUGUGUCCACAGACGCGCCCCAUCACUCAGGUUGCUGGGAUCCAGUGUUAGAGUGGUGGGCUAGCGUCGUUGGAGCUGCAGCAGCCUGCUUGCUGGCCGACGCGCCCGCUAUCGCCGACCUCGCCGACAAACUGGCCGUUCUGCCCGACGAACUCGCCACAAGCGAGGAUCCGCUCCCGGGUUCACUGGACAUGGCCUACAAAAGCCGGCGCGGUCUGCUCGCACUAGCUCACUGUUCAGAUGAAGACAAACAUUCGAAGACCACUCACACGCUGCUCAAGGUUUGUGAUGUCGCUGGAGCCCGGCUAGCGGAUUCCUUGGCGUAUUACUGCUGCCGUAAGCCGACACAGCUCAUGAUGCUGAUGCAGGUCCUAUGUUGUGAUUGGGUGCUGGAGGUGAGGGCGGGGGUGUGGGAGGCGCGCGGCGGGGGAGGGGGCGCCUCACCAGUACACGACCAGCUGACUGGCUUCCAGAGGGACUUGCACUCAUUGAGGAGGCUGUCGCAGCACUUACCGUGGGUGACGUCACGCGUGUUCCUGCACUCCGCCGUGUGCCGCAUGAUGGCGGGCGCGGCGCCGCGUCGCACGCAACAACUGUUAGACGGGAGUCUCAGACCCAGGUCUAACAGGACCUCGCUGAUAUGCGGCAAGGAGCGUGCAUUAGAGGGAGGUGGUGGGGAGGGCGAACGCGCGGUAGCUUUAUAUAUGGCGUGCAAGCAUCUCCCGGCGGCAGUGUUAGCGACACCUGGCGAGCGAGCUGGUAUGUUGGCGCAAGCUGCAGCCACGCUACAGAAGAUAGGACAUCGUUCAAGACUACCACACUGCUACCACCUCAUGAAGACCUUUGGCACUCUGCCCGCCCCUUGA